AUGCAACCGAUUGAUAGUCCCAUACCUUUCGCUCAAUGGGGAGUGGACUUGGUCGGCCAUUUUCCACCAGCAACAGGAGAACGCAAGUUCCUCAUUGUAGUUGUAGAUUACUUCACCAAGUGGGUGGAAGCCGAACCUUUAGCUCGCAUUCGAGAGACAAGGCUUGGAAGUGCCAAAGGAAAGUGUGUUGAAGAAUUACCCAGUGCUCUAUGGGCAUAUCGAACAACAUCAGAGGAAUCUUCGUUUAAACUGGCUUUUGAAAUAGAGGUUGUGGCACCCAUCGAGAUUGGCGAACCCUCUUGGAGAGUCACCAACUAUUCUCCAAAGGCUAAUGAAGAAGCAAUGAGAGCUAGAAUCAAUCUUGUUGAUGAACUAAGAGAGAUCACAUCUAUCCGAUAG